CUAGAUUUUUAUCGAUCUUAAGUGGUCUCUUUGUAAAAGCUACGUGUUCGAUAUCAGCACUCCCUGGCCAGUUCCUCUAGGCAACCAUUUGAGAACUCAUAUAAGCCUCUUGCAUCGUGAGUCAUAUUUGGACAAACUCAAGCCCUUUAUUUGCUACAAUCAUGUCAAACCUAAUCACAUACGCUCGUGACUUUCUCGCUUCAAUUGGUCUCAUGAGACCAUCCUCAGGCACACCAAUCACAAGCUUAUUCAGUACUCUUCCAGGCCACCACCGCAUCCUCCUUAGCGGCCUUGGCGAGGCUGGCAAGUCAACUCUCUUGCGCUCUCAUUUGGUUACCAAUGAAAAAGAUAUAUCUGUUGUCGUAGGCAUGAUUGCCCAUCAGGUUGAAGUCUAUAGAUGCGGCAAUGUCACUUUCCAAACCAUUGAUCUCAGUGGUGGCAGGCCUGAGCCAUACUGGAGGAUGGAGAGGUCGUUCAUCAAGCAUUGCGAUGCGCUUAUAUGGGUCGACGACUCGGCCGAUCACGACCGUCUCAUAGAAGCAAGAGAAGAGCUUUUCCGAGCUGUGCGCCACCAAGAUGGAUUGCGCAAUGACAUCCCUGUGUUGAUUUUAGCAAACAAGCAAGAUAAUAGCACCGCUCGUACAGCAGAGCAGAUAAAAGGGUUUUAUGUCGACGAUUCUUCAUCACCUUUAGUAAAUAUACCACAUGUGAGUGACUCAAAGGACUGGUGCUGCAUGAACUAACGAUGCUGCGGGCGGUGUCUGGAUCGAGCAUCAAGACUGGCGAAGGGUUGUUCGAGGCUUUCAGGUGGCUCAGUGAGACUGUUGAGAGCAGGAUGAAAUAUGACACUGGCAUCAACGAGAAGGUUCCGCUAUACGACAAUGAGGAGGAAGCGACUAGAAUCAUUAUGGAAGGACUACAGCCAGGCCACAAGGAGGAGAUUAGUGAGAAAAGAGAGUAGCAGGCCCAUUAACUUUAGCCUUCAUCAUUGACUAAUAUGAGAAAACUCUGAAUCUUUGACUCCACAACCUUGAGCAGGC